GUACUUUUUUUGGCUGUGCCCAUGGCAUGUGGAAUUUCCCAAACCAGAGAUCCAACCAGAGCCACAAUGUGACAAUGCUUAAUCUUUAACUGUUAGGUCAUCAGGGAACACCUGUAGCUCCACUGGUCCCCAACUUAUCAAAGUAUUAAGUUCUAAAUGGUCCCUGUUCAUAAUCUGUUUCCAACUGUUAACCUGGGUGAUGGUUUCUUGGAAAUUCAUUAUACUAUUCUUUCUACUUUUGUGUUUUGAAAUUGUCCAUAAUAAGAGGCCUCCCAAAAAAAGGAAAGGUGAAGAAAGAAGGUCAUCAACUGUUUUUCAGUAUUUAUUUAUUCUGAGCCAGAUUCUUCAAAUACUAUCUAUGAAUUAACAGUAAUCCCAUUUUACAAUAAGUCAACUGAGGCUCAGAGAGAUUAAAGGACUUUCUUAAUGGAGUUGAACCCUGGCCAACGCUUAUGCUCUUUCCAACAGGCUACCUUGCUCUACUGGUCCAUAUGGUUUUAUCUUGGCUGCCCCAACUGCCAGUGGGUGAAAUCAUUGUGCUACUCUUCAAAAGUCUCUCAGACCUUCUUAUAUUUCAAAACCUGAUAAAGUGUUCUGAAAACAAUAUGAUAUAUAUGUUAGGAAAAAAUUCAAAGCAAUAUAUGAGAACCGGCAAAGCAGUGGUUAAUGAUCAUUUUUAUCUGAUUGGACUGUCCUUAAAUGUCCAUUCUCUGUGUGGGUGUGCACAUGCUUGUACACCAUUUGGGACUUUGUGGUAACCAACAUUUAUUUCCAGACAUCUCACAACCUCUCUAUACAUUUAGAUAUAAGACCCAUUUUACAGAUGAGAAAGACAAGGCUGAGAGAGGUCCAAGGUGGCAACAGUGGUGGAUGGUGGGCAUUACCCAGCCAUGGAAUGUGGAGUGUGGGGUUCAGAUCCAGCCUGGCCUGCCCCUCAGUGGAUAUCCUCUCACCAUAACAAAUUGUUUGAGGAGAAGAGAUGCUGGUUUGUUGAACCAGUUGCAAGAACUCGACAAGCAGAUAAGUGACCUGAGACUGGAUGUGGAAAAGACCUCUGAAGAGCACCUGGAGACAGACAGCCGACCUAGCUCAGGGUUUUAUGAACUGAGUGAUGGGGCUUCAGGGUCCCUUUCCAAUUCCUCAAACUCAGUCUUCAGUGAAUGUUUAUCCAGUUGUCAUUCCAGCACCUGCUUUUGCAGCCCCUUGGAGGCAGCCUUGACUAUAUCAGAUGGUUGCCCCAAAUCUGCAGAUGUGAAUCCCAAGUACCAAUGCGAUCUGGUGUCUAAAAAUGGGAAUGACGUGUACCGCUACCCCAGCCCGCUUCACGCCGUGGCGGUGCAGAGCCCGAUGUUUCUGCUUUGCUUGACCGGAAACCCCCUGAGGGAAGAGGAGAGGCUUGCUAACCAUGCCAGUGACAUGUGUGUCGGAUCCGAGCUGGACGCCGUCAAGACAGACACUUCCUUGCCAUCUCCAAGCAGUUUGUGGUCUGCUCCCUAUCCUUCAUCCAGUAAGAAAAUGGAUGGUUACAUUCUGAGCCUGGUCCAGAAAAAAACACACCCUGUAAGGACCAACAAACCGAGAACCAGUGUGAAUGCUGACCCCACCAAGGGGCUUCUGAGGAACGGGAGUGUUUGUGUCAGAGUGACUGGGGGCAUCUCACAGGGCAACAGUGGGAACCUUAAGAAUUCUAAACAGAUGCCUUUGCCCUCUGGCGGGAUCCCUUCUUUGGACAAUGGGACAUUCUCCCCACUGAAACAGUGGGCCAAAGACCCAAAGCCAGAACUACUGGAAAGCAAGAGGUUGCCCCUGCCUGAGGGCUGCUCCCCAGGCGCUGCCAGUGAACUUCAAGGUAAGCAUCUGCCCAAAACCGCCAAGCCAGUCUCCCAGGAACACGCUAGGUGUCCCCCCGCGGGGACAGGGGAGUCCCCUAAGGAAAGCAGUCAGAUCCCAGCUGCCUCUCCCAAAGAGAGUCCCGGGAAGGUCUCCGCCCCGCUGCAAGAGAACAGAGGGGGCCAGCCGCUGAAAAAGGUGCCUCAGAAAAACAGCCUGCAGGCUGUCUCUCCGGCGGCGCCCGCUUCCGCCGCUCCGGCCCAGCUGCCCCCAGUUUUCCCGGCCGCGGAGGAGCGGCCGGUCCUGGAUUUCAGAAGCGAGGGCUCUUCUUCCCAGAGCCUGGAGGAAGGGCCUCCGGGGAAGGCGCCGCCCGCCCUGGCGCAGCCGCCCGGCGUCAGGCCGCCCCGGGGAGCGCGGCCCGCGGCCGCCCCAAGGGGCUCCGCCCAGAAGCACCGCGCCCUGGGCGGGCACGGGCCAGAGAGCUCGCUGCCCGCCGUGCGGGAGAAGGCGCGGGCGGCCGGCAGGAGGUGUCGGCUCCCGGACGACACUGAUACGAACAAGAAACUGCGGAGAGCGCCGGCCAAGGGGCGGCGAAGCGGGGGCGGCCAGCCGGACGCUGGGCUCCCGGGCCGGCAGCUGGGGGCGGGCCACCGGGCGGGGAGCCGCGCGCAUGGCCACGGGCGGGAGGCGGUGGUGGCCAAGCCCAAACACAAGCGAACCGACUCGCGGCGGUGGAGGUCGGCCGCCGAGGUGUCGUACGAGGAGGCGCUGCGGCGGGCGCGGCGGGGCCGGCGGGAGUCCGCGGCCCUGUUCGCGGCGGGGCCGCCCUUCGCCAGCCCCUAUGCCUACGUGGCCAGCGACUCGGAGUACUCGGCCGAGUGCGAGUCCCUGUUCCACUCGACCGUGCUGGACACCAGCGAGGACGAGCGCAGCAACUACACCACCAACUGCUUCGGCGACAGCGAGUCCAGCGUGAGCGAGGGCGACUUCGUGGGCGACAGCAGCAGCACCAGCGACUCGGAGGAGAGCGGGGGCCUGAUUUGGUCCCAGUUCGUCCAGACGCUCCCUCUGCAGCCGGUCCCGGCCCCGGACCUCCGCGGUCACCCCACCAAAACUUUUGUCAAGAUCAAGGCUUCGCACAACCUCAAGAAGAAGAUCCUUCGCUUUCGGUCUGGCUCUCUGAAACUGAUGACGACCGUUUGAGUAGCACCGUUGGUGUAGAAAGCGAGAGUUUUUCUCCUUCCCAAGAAAGCUGUGGCGUCUUCCUUGUUGUGUGUAAUAAUUGCAUAGAAUGCUUUCCUUUUGUUAAGUUAAAACCGAGGUGAAUUACGUCUCAUCUUCAUCGUGUAUGGACACUAGUGCCUUUAAUGGAAGGUAAAGAAUGUUUUGGUGGUUAGAAGUGAAUAUCGAGUUUCUGAUGGUGGUGAUAGUGAAUUUUGUGGUACCGAUGGCUUUUAUUUGAAAUUUUCUGAGCAUUUUGAAGGCACAGGUUGUAAUGUUCAAGUGUUAAUGGGAUGAGACCGUUUGGUCUGAAGGUCAGGUGGAUGGAAUUUUCCGACAUACACUUGCUCCUUUGGUUCUUUGGGGUGGCGUCUCCAUGAGGGUUUAUCUUGUUGGGGCUAUCACAUACAGUUUUGUGAGGUAGGUACAGGGGGCAGUCAUGGGUUUUCUAUAACUUUUUAUAUACUCUGCUUUUCUCAGAUGUAUCCCCAUUCUAUUUUCUUCUCAGAACUGUUUGGUUUACUGGACUCAGAACUUGAAGACCAGACCCUAAAUCCAGAGAGGUGACCUGGAUAGGUAGGCUGGUAAUACCUUAAAAUGAUUCACUAAAACCUUUGCCGCACUUGGUGCCUAGGCCCUGGUUACAGUAACCCCCCAGGGCCAUUUACCCAACAUGGAUGCCUUUCUUCCCCUCCCUGAUUUGCAGCAGAUCCAACCACUUCUUCCUUGGAGACUUGCCUUUGGGAUAACAUUUUGGUCGUUGGAUGCAGAGACACUCACUCCUAACAAAAUAACCUUUGGGUGUGACCCCCAAGCUCAGAAUUGCUCACUGAGCACUGUGCCACCUAAGCAUUAGCCCAAACAUAUUAGUGCAAUCCAGUCCAGAUUGGACCACUGACCCUCUCUGGAAGGGCUUUUUUAAAAAAAAAAUUUUUUUUUGGUAAACAGUAUUGUGUAAAGUUGCUUUUUUAUACCAAUAUAUGCAUGUUUGGUGCAUGAGUAGUAUUUGUUUUGAUAUUCCUGUUGAUGUUAAAUGACUGUAUGAUAUAAACAGUAUGUGUUUUUAUAUAUCUUUGUGUAAAUUUAAUAUAACACAUUAUAUGCUGUAAUAAACAAUUUGUUUUACUGC